AAUCGAGGAAUUCCCGCGCUGUUUAAAACAAUUCCGCGCAGCCCGUGAAUCCCGGGCCUCGUUUUAGUUAGGGGAGUGACAAUAAUGAACGAUCUUCAACUUAAUUUGAAUAACUCACUCCGUAGUCUUCGGCAUUGGGAGCGUGGCAUCAUUUAGGUAGGGGUGCCCGUUACUAGUCUAUGCAGAAGGCUUGGACGGUUUUACCUCCGUAGGAUUUGUUAGGGAAGUGAAUAAAUGAGCAAAAGAUAAGAAAAAUACUACAGCCUGUAGGUGGACUUAGCAGCUACUGCGUGGAAUGCAUUUGUCAACUUUGUGGAUUUUCAGGAUUUUAUAAUCCCUUGUGAAUUUCGGAGGAAAUAACCUGAUGUGGGCUACGUUACGGAGAUAAACCACGCCCUAAAAUUGAGGAAGCUAUCGAUAUACACUGGAGAGAAAGGUCUGAUGAAUCAUGGUGGGGCUAGAGGAGUGUUUAGUAAAGAUAGAGACACUGGGGAUCAUCCUACUAUGCAUUUUACAAACCAUAUGGUCAAAAGACCCGAUCAUUAUGACGGAUAAGGGCAAUGUACGGGGAUUCACACAAAACGUCCUUGGGAAACACGUCGACACAUAUCUCGGGAUUCCCUUCGCGAAACCUCCACUGAAGGGUUUGCGGUUCAAACACCCGCUUCCCAAUGACGCUUGGAAGUCCACUCUCAACGCAACGCGCAUGCCAAAUACAUGCAUACAGGGCUACGAUACCGCCUUUGGUAAUUUCUCAGGGUCACAAAUGUGGAAUCCAAACACAAACGUUUCUGAGGAUUGUUUAUAUUUGAAUGUGUGGGUGCCGAGAACGAACCAGGGGUUACAUAAUGCUGCUGUCAUGGUAUGGAUUUACGGUGGUGGUUUCUACUCCGGGACAAGUACAUUGGAGGUUUAUAACCCAACUGUUCUGGCAGCAGAAAAUGAAGUUAUUGUUGUUUCCAUGCAAUAUCGUGUCGGGAUGUUAGGCUUCCUGGCCCUGGGGACAACGGAGGUCCCGGGGAACGCCGGUUUAUUCGAUCAGUUGAUGGCCCUGGAGUGGGUGCAAAACAACAUCGAGUUCUUUGGUGGUGAUCCCGAUAAUGUGACGCUAUUUGGUGAAAGUGCUGGGUCAGUCAGUGUCAGUAUGCACCUUCUCUCCCCGCUGAGUAGGGGCAAAUUCGCCAGAGCGAUCUUGCAGAGCGGGACGGCCAAUACAAAAUGGGCUACGUAUAGCCGAGACGAGGCACGGGCCAGGGGGAGGAGUGCGGCGAAAUUGUUUAAUUGCCCCACGGCCGACCUCGACGAAAUGACGUAUUGUCUGCGGAGAGCGCCACCAGAGCAUUUCCCAAAUAACGAAUGGAUUACUAAAGGAAUUAUGCAGUUUCCAUUUGUUCCGGUGAUUGACGGGGUCUUUUUUGUAGAAACUCCCGAUGAGUCUUUAGAGAAGGGUAAUUUUAAGAAAACACAAAUUUUGCUUGGUAGCAACCAAGACGAGGGGAAUUACUUUUUAAUUUACCAAUUAUACGAACUGUACACAAUAGACGAAGAACCCAGUAUAUCAUAUGAAAAUUUUACGAGAAGUAUAGCAGAUUUGUUUGAAUACUACCCUUAUUAUCCCAAAAAAAUGAACUCGUUUGGAAUAAAUGCCAUCAGUUUCCAGUACACUAAUUGGUUGAACAUUCAAAGUAGGGAAGCAAAUAAGGAGAAUUUAGAUGAUGCAAUAGGUGAUUUUCAUUUUGUUUGUGGUGUCAAUAAGUUUGCGCAGACCUACGCAAAGUUUGGACAAAAUGUGUAUUAUUACUAUUUUACACAUCGCUCUUCCAUGAACCUGUGGCCGAAGUAUCUAGGAGUAAUGCACGCUGACGAGAUAAACUACGUAUUCGGCGAACCACUGCGGCCGGGAUUCCGUUAUAAGAACUCAGAGAAACAACUGAGUCGGAAGAUGAUGCAGUAUUGGGUCAACUUUGCCAAGACGGGGGACCCCAAUCGAUCGCCUGGCCUCCCAAGCCUGAACGAGUGGCCUUUACAUACGACAGAGUCAAAGGAAUACCUUGAGUUACAUCCCCGGUAUCACAACCAGCCAGACAAGUCCAAGGCAGUGGGGAAUGGUCCUCGAGCACACGAAUGUGCAUUCUGGAUGGAAUAUCUACCUCAGCUCGUCAGAGAAACUGAUAAGAAGCUUAAUGCCCCAUACAACGCGACAAUGUGUGAAAUUAACAACGCGCCCACCAUUGCUAAGGAACAACCAAUCAUCAUGCUCAUACUUAGCUGCCUCGUUCUCAUGCUGAGUUUGCACCAAUAAACGACAGGGACCAUUAAUUACAAUCACAACCGUUGCCAGGUGACCGUUACCAACUAUGGCAGCCACGGGAGGGCCGACGUCCAGGCAGUAGCUGCCUUCAAGCGCACAAAGGACAGCCCGAAACACGGUACAAGGGAAAGCCCAGAAGAAUUGAAGAGGAUAGGAUGUUAGCUUUGAAUCAUUAUCAUUGGCAUGUAGAAUUUUGUACUUGAGGUAAAAGAGGGCGCGAUUUCCUAAGCGCCCCGAAUAUUAUGUCGGUUAUGAGUAACAACCAUCGUAAAUGGUACAUAUUGGAAUGCCAAGCUAUUUGUUUCAGAUAAGGACGUUUCAUACGACGAUUGAGCACACCUUACAAACCUGCUG